AUGUCUCAACCGGUAUGUCGGAUACGUGUCACUGGCGUAGAAGUCGAGGACUCCCUGUGCGGUUCCCAAUGACCGGAACCAUUAGUGUUAUUCUACAACACGCAAACGUGCUCACGCAAGUGGAUCACUGAUGACUGGAGUCCAUGUAGUCGCCUCUGUGGACUUGGCUACCGUGAGCGCAUGGUGAUGUGUGCGGAAGAGAAUAAUGGCAUGAAGACAACGGUACUGGAUGUGACGUGUCGAACGCCAAAGCCAGCCACACAGGAGCCAUGCAUGAUUAAGAUGUUCCCAACGUGAUAGGUGGAACAUUCGCUCUUCGCGCUAUAAUUAGUAUUAAGCUUUCAUUUCAAUGUCAUUUCCGUUUGUGAUCUUAUGCUUCGUAAAAUUGUUUAGUAUGUUAGUGCGGAUGUAAUUUUAUGUUGCUGGGAAUAAAUCUAAUAAUUCU